CGUCGGCGUCGCGUCGCGUUUACGUCGCGUCGCGAUCGCGAUUGCUACGAAGUACGUUGCGUUUUCGCGACGCGCUUGCAUCGCUUGAGUCGAGACUACGACGCGACUAGUUUCUACACGCGGCUUGUUUCUCGACAUUCGUCCAGCUGUCAUGACAUUUUAUCCGGGAGGUACUACCAGAGAGACUGCAACGUCCUACCGAUCAUGCCGAUGGAAUUUCUGGAGCGGUUUCCGCUCCCCAGCCUACGCGUCUAUACCACCAUAAGCUGUGCCGUGCUGUCCUGCUCCAUAUAUUAUGCCGCGCAGAUAAUCAAGGAUCCCGCUUGGAGGACAAAUCACACGUACGUCGAUGUGAGUGUUAACACUGACAUCCGGGAUGACGCGACUGAUCCAAGGAGCUUCGGCAAGCAUCUGAAAGAACUCCUGGAAUGUAUGAUGGAUGAACCCGUCUGCGCAUGGACUUUGAUCAACAUGGCUUAUUGUGUGCUGAUUCUCCUCGGCAAAUUCAUCCAGAAGCUGGUGUUCGGAGAGCUGCGUGCCUCUGAAACACAACACUUGAAGGAUAAGUUUUGGAAUUUUAUCUUUUACAAAUUCAUCUUUGUAUUUGGCGUCUUGAACGUCCAGUACAUGAACGAGGUUCUGCUCUGGGGGGCAUGGUUUACGGCACUUGGCUUUCUGAGCCUUUUCAGCCAACUCUGUAAGGAUCGAUUUGAAUAUUUGUCUUUUUCGCCUACCACACCAGGAUGGAGUCAUGCACGUCUUCUUGGAUUGUUGGCGGCGAUUUUUGCGCUAUCUUCCUUCAUGCUUCUAUUCUGCAUCGCUGCAGUCUUUUUCUUCGUAUCCUUCAAUACCUUCGCUUUCAUGGCAUCUGAGUGCAUCUUACUCGGAGUCCGUACUAUACACGUGAUAAUACGCUAUGUAAUUCAUCUAUAUGACACACGUGGUGCUGGUACUUCAGCGCAACGCUCCUGGGACAAACGCGGUCCCUUGACCUACUACACGGAUUUGACCUCAGAAUUAAUCGUACUAGCGGUCGACUUUCUUCAUCAUGUUCACAUGCUCUUGUGGAGCAACAUUUUUCUGAGCAUGGCGUCAUUGGUGAUUUGUAUGCAGCUGAGAUAUCUGUUCUACGAAAUACAGCGUAGGAUUACUAAACAUAGGAACUAUUUGGCCGUAUUGAAUCACAUGGAACAAAAUUACCCCAUGGCAUCGCAAGAUGAGUUAGCGGGCAAUUCUGAUAAUUGCGCGAUAUGUUGGGAGAAAAUGGACAGCGCUCGUAAGUUACCCUGCGCUCAUUUGUUUCACAAUUCGUGCUUGCAGUCCUGGUUAGAACAGGACACAUCGUGCCCUACUUGCCGACUACCUUUGAGCAUGCAAGCAAAUCAUCGAGAGAACACUCCGGAAAUGCCACCGGAACCGCAGACACCCGCAAGAAGAAACGACAAUCAUUUCUUCCAUUUCGACGGGUCGAGAUACGUGUCUUGGUUGCCUAGUUUCUCCGUCGAAGUUUCGCACAAUAGAUUGCGCGGCAACAUCUCUACAAUGACACACACCAAUUCCCAGAUGGAUGCUAUGGCGAGACAAGUGCAGCAACUUUUCCCUCAUUAUCCUCGCAACGUGAUUCUCGAGAAUCUCAGAAUGACCCGGUCGGUCGAAUGGACAGUUGAGAAUAUAUUAGAUGGGAUAUUAACUGUUCCACAUCAUUUAAUCGAGGAGCCACAAGCGGAAUCCGUCCCAACGCAAACGGCUAUGACGAAUAUCGUGCCCAGUUCUUCAGUCCAAAAUUCGUCAGAUCCCAGACUCGAUAUUCCAUUUGCCGACAGUGGAGAGGAGCCUUCGAGUCUCGGUGGACGUUUCUCAAAGUCACCCGCUGAAAGAGAAGUCAUACUUCAGCGGCGCAAAGAGCAUAUGCGACUAACAGCGCGCAGAAGAUAUAUAGAGAAGCAUCGUAAGUCCGAGAACGACGAGACUUUAAACAACUCGAAAAUGGCAAACCGAAGUUAAAAUUUGAGACAUUAGGCGCGGCAAUUUUACUAAGAAUAUCGAGGGGUCGUGAACGACAACAAGAUAUAUACUCACGAACAGCUAUUAGCGCUGAGCCAACCAACUCGAUGGCAUUGAGCAGUAGCGGCGAGAGAGCUACAACGAGUCGAUUAAAUUGUAGUGGAAGAUGGAGAGCUAGUAUUUUUAUGUAAUUUUACUUAAAUACCAUACCGGAAGUAAAACUUACCAAAUGACAUGUAAUAUACAUGUGCUUCGGGAAAAUAAAUCAUUUGAAUUGCUAUUACAGUUAUACAGUCCAACUUUGUUAGGUUUUGAGAAAGCUUACAAAUUGCAUUCGGGUUUUCACUGAGCUAAAGCUUUUCUUUUUUCAAUUACGCGAGAAUAAUUUUCUUCGCGAAUAUACGCGCUUAAUGAAGAAAGUCGGAGUGCAAAGUCGGAGUCAUUAUGCUUAUUGCUUUUUUUCUGUGAAUUAAUUACAUACACUUAUCUAUUACUCUAUUUUAAUAAUGUGUACCAGAGUAAGCUGAGAGCAGAGGAUCACUUCGUAAAUAAAUGAAACGCUUAUAAGAGAGAUAAAAAGAAAGAAUGUUAAGAAUUAACACUUUUAAAUCUCUUCGUAUAACGUCUUACAUAUAAUUUGUUAAAACAAUCGUAAAACAUAUGUAAAUAGAUUGAAAUUUGGUUGUAAUAGCCGCACCAAAUUUUAAUUUAAUGUAUGUAUCGAGUGCCAUAAAAAUGAUAAAGUGACACGUGCCAAUUAAAUGAGUAUGGGUUCAGUUAUACUUCAGUUAUACUUUUCGGAAUUUUAGCAGCUAUUUCUGAAAACAAUGCGCGUGUAAAUUUGAACGUGUAUAAAAUGCAUUUGUCGGUUCGCAUAGAUGUGACGGUCGACAAAUUUUCCGUAUAUAAAAGGAGUGCAAAAUAUAAGAGAUUCUUGAUUCCAAUAUAUAUAUAUAUAUAUAUAUAUAUAUAUAUAUAUAUAUAUAUAUAUAUAUAUAUAUAUAUAUAUAUAUAACCAUCCACUCUGUAUUUGAACCCGAUAAUAUCCGAUCCAAGUUGAAUGUCAGAUACGUACAUGCUUCGUUAUGAAUUCCAAUUAUGCAGAGAAAUUGUCAAUACUUUGUAAUCUGUUAGAUAAUUCGAUGCAAAACAAAUAUAUAUAACCCAUUUAGAAUUAUGUUUCUUUUGUUUUAAAGUUUACGUCAGACGUUAGAUUGAUCUUGUCAAAUAAACGAACUUAUUUCGCACAAAUGGCGAAAAUCAUAGUAACGAGUUGUAAAUCUUGUAUAAAAUUUAGAUUCGUAUGCCAAUCAAUGAGAUAUGGGGCUCAGAAAUUCGUGAAGUUUUGUGAAUUCAAUGGUGAAUCUUGCCAAAUCAUUUGAUGCCUUAUUGACAUUUCAAAAGAUCGAAACCAAUGUAAUUUCUGUUACAGUAUUUAAGUACUAUAGACAUGGAACAAUGACCUUUAGACUUGAAAUCUUUAAUUCACGAGAAAAUUAUGUCGAUAUUGUGUACGAGAUCCUUCCUCUAUAAUAUUAGAAAUUGUCAGAAUUAUACUGGUUUCAAUUCUUGCUUUCUGAUGACGUGAACAUGCUAUUUGUUAUUUAAUACAAAUUUGCAACAUGCAUAAUGUUGCUUAGUAUAAAUGAAAAAAAUCCACUCCGUCGAUCGCGUUCCGGAGAGGACUGUGGCAUCGGCCGGAAAGAUUUAGCUUCACGAACUUUCCUGAUUAUAGCGAGGGCCCUAAUAACGAGUAAAUUCUAAUAUAUUUAAACUAAUAUAGUUAAUCUUAAUUAUACCUACAUUAACAUACUAAAAAUUCUAGUUAAUGAAAUGAGUGAUCCUGAAUUUGAUAAAGUAUUUCAUGAUUCAUUAUUUAUUAUCAUAACAAUGCAACCUACGUAAAUUAAUUGUGUAUUAUGUUAAUGAUAACAGUUAUUAUGCUAAUGUUUACAGCUUCAGUUUCCUAGCUUGAUCGUGUGAUUAAUUCAUUACGAACAUUUACUUACAUUUGAGUAUACCGAGCGCGCGCGUGCGAGAAAGAAACGAAGAGCGAGAGAGAGCGAGAAAGAGAGAGAGCACGUACAUAUGUACAAUUAUAGAUUUACAGGAUAAAUAUAUGUUUGUAUGAUAUAUAUUCAUGUGUUGUUUGUGUGCAUGAGUGAGAAAUAGACAUUUGUGCAAACGUCUGCACCGCAAACAGAUGAGGAAAACUUAUUUUAUUAAUGGUAUCGAUAUUACUCAUCGUUGUACUAAAAUUUUAUAAAUAUAUUAAUCGAAUUAUUUAUUUUAUCGAUCUCUAAGUAGUAUAUAAAUGGAAAAUACGUGAUAAUAAACAUGAUUACAAAGGCAAGUUUUUAACGUACUGGCACACCGCCAAACAAAAUCUAUUUUUUGCUACAUUUUAUUAUAUUUUGUGUUAAGACAUUAGUUAUAUUAAAACUCUAAAACGUUGAAACUAUUUUGUUUCAAAAGUAACUUCAGCAUUUAAAUAAUUCAAGAAAUAAUAUUAUUUCGUUUCUAUCGCCUAUGUAUGAAAAUUAUAUUUUCAUAAAAAAAGUAGCCUUAUUAAAUCAUAAUCCGUUCCUGGAAAGGACAUAAUGUUUGGCUGGUUUGACUAGUUAAAGGAGUGUGUAACAAUGCUUUCCUGAAUCUCUUAAAACUAUAUCUUUAUGAUACAAUAUGAAAUUUUCCUUAGGAUCUUUGUAUAUAUAAGCAUAAGAUGUCCAACCUAUCUACUAUAGUAACGCAAUACCUAUCUCCCACUUGACAUUGUACAACCAAUAAGACAAAUAAAAUAUAUUAUAGAUUGUUGUAGCUA